AGCAAAAGUGGGGCUUUUAUUGGGUCAGCAUUUUUAUUUUUUUCACUGAAAACCAGGGAACAGAAUUCUUGAUUUAUUUCCUUUUUCUCAGUUAUGCUGGCAGAACUUUUUAACUAAUUUUGCAGUCAUAACAAGUGUUAAAGCUCAUGCCUUUGGCAUUUUCUGUCCAACUUAUAUUUGGAUAACAGAGAUGGUACCAAUUCUGCAGUUACAAUAACUGUAGUUUCUUGUCCUAUAAGCCCAUUAAUGUUAUCUCAGAAUUGUGGGGUUCUUGUUGUUUUCCAGCUGAAGAAGUCUUCUUGAGCUCCCACUUUGGAGAGAACAUAAAUUGAGUAAUGGAUGAAAAGGGUGUCUCAAGUUCCUGUUUGAUUAUAUCAGAAGGGAGAAAGGAGAGCUUAUGUCCAAUUAUCUUUGGGGUUUCUUGUGCAUUUGUUGCACUUGGGCUCUUGCCGGAGCACGAAAAAUGUGAUGAGAAUUUGUUAGAAGUGAGAAAUAAGAUGCUUCAAGGAAGUGCUCAGCUCUUGGGGUUGCUUGUCUGGAGAGUUCAGAGGGAAGAAGCCAAUAAUAAGUUAGCGAAUGCAGAGAAAAAAAUCGAAGAACUGAAGAGCUUAAGGAGGGAAGAUGCUAAAGCUAAUGAGAAAGUUGUUAGCAUAUAUGCAGCACAAGAGCAGUGCUGGUUCAAUGAAAGGAAGAAACUUAGGCAGCAAAUUGGUGGUCUUAUGAAUGAAUUGAGAGUUCUUGAGAAGAAAAAGGACACUGUUAUUGCUGAUUUGAAUAGCAAGUUGGAGGAGAGCAAAGUAAUGUUGCUGUCAAAAGAUAAAAUCAUUGAGGAUGAAGGGCAAAAGCGUCAUGAUCUUGAAGAAAAGCUGAAAAAGGCUGAAGCUAUAGCAGAAGAAUUGAGAAACGCUGCAAAAUUUGAAGCUCAGAGGCACUCUAAUGAGAUCUCAAAACAUAAGACUGCAUUUAUUGAAUUGGUGUCUAAUCAGCGGCAGCUUGAAGCGGAAAUGGGCCGGGCCCUCAGACAAGCUGAAGCAGCGAAGCAAGAGGUUAAUUUGGCGCUGGAGCAAAAGGAGCAGUCUAUCUUGAUGACUCAAAAACUAUCGAUGGAGCUAGUUAAAAUGCGCAAGGAUUUGGAACAGAAAGAGCAGAUUUUGUCAGCUAUGCUGAGGAAAUCCAAAUUGGAUACAGCAGAGAAGCAAAUGCUUUUGAAAGAGAUCAAAUUAUCAAAAGCCAAGAGAAAGCAGGCUGAGCUAGAGACCGUGAGAUGGAAGACAGUUUCGGAGUCCAGGUAUGAGAGACAUUCAUUGAGAAAUAUGCUUUACAAACGUAUGAAUCCGAAGUUGGAGGCUUUUGGAAGUGUGAAAGGGAUGCUACCAACUGGAAAGAGCAGAUCACAGAAGACUGAUUAUCUUCUCGACGAGCUGCCUGAGGGUACGAAAGAGCCAGAACUAUUUUCUCAUGUUUCUGAUAGAUUCUUGACUGAGGAUGCAGAAGAAGAAAUACUCACAGAUGAUGAUGAGCACUUGGAGAAGUGGGUUCGGUCAGAAGCUGAAAAAUACAGUGUUGCAGUUGAGCAGAGGCAUCAUCUGGAGCUGGAUGCUUUUGCAGAACAACUGAGACUCAAAGAUGAGAGGUUAGAAGCUUUCCGAUGGCGCCUGCUCAGUAUGGAACUUGAGUCAAAGAGGUUGCAGUCACAUAUUGAAGUGCUGGACCAUGAUCUAGCUCAGCUCAGGCAAGAUAAUACGAAAUUGGAUGCAUUGGUAUUGAAUCGAGAAGUAGAAUUACAAUCCCUCAAGCAGCAACUUGCAGAAUAUUUUCACCUUCCCGAUUCCCAUAAAUCCAAUGCAAAUGUUUGUCCAAAAGACCAGGACAAAGCCAAUCACACAGUUUGGUCUAAGGUGACACUUAUAAAGACAAAACUAGGAGAGAAAGAGCAAGAAACAAAGAACCGUCCUAAGGAAACCUCACAAAAGGUUAAAAAUGGAAGAAAAGUUGAGACCAGAACAAAUGACACAAAUAAAGACAUAAUUUUGACUUUACAGCCUCCUACAAAGGAGAUUGGUGAGGGGAAAGAUCUGAAUGCUUCUAGGGCGGAAUAUUUCAGCACAGAGGAUGCUCAGAAUGCUGAAAAAUCAACUUCAGAACAUGAUAGCAAAACUCAGAAAAAGAAAUCUGUGUGGAAGAUGGAUCUACAUGCUCUUGGAGUUUCUUACAAAAUCAAGAGGCUGAACCAGCAAUUCGUCAUGCUCGAGAGGUUGACAGGAAAGCUAGAACUUUCUGGAAAUAGUGAAAACAAUGACAAUGGACGAUCUAGUACGAGAGGAUUUCAUGCAUUGUUGUCUUUACUGAAUAAACAAGUUGCUCGUUACGAGUCCCUUCAGGGGAAAAUUGAUGAUCUAUGCAAGCGUAUGCAUGAGAAUGACCUGAAUGUAAGUUGUGAAGGUUCAGUUAUACGAAAAACAAAGGAGGAAACAAAGAUGCUAGAGCAGUUUCUUGAAGAAACAUUUCAGUUGCAAAGAUACAUAGUUGCAACGGGACAGAAAUUGAUGGAAGUCCAAACAAAGAUUGCUUCUGGAUUUGUUGGAGCUGCAGAAGAACUUGAUACACCUGCAAGCUUUGAUGUCAAGCGGUUUGCUGAUGGUAUUAGAACUCUUUUUAGGGAAGUACAGAGAGGCCUUGAAGUUCGUAUAUCUCGAAUUAUCGGUGAUCUUGAGGGAACUUUGGCCUGUGAUGGCAUCACAUAUUUCAAGAGAUAGUGCUCGCAGAGGCAGAAUCUUGUUGCCCUUUAGCCUUAGUUUCCAGGUGCAGCCAAAUAUCUAUUGCAGCUUAUUCAAAGAAUGUCUUCAGUUUUUGGAACCAAAUCAUUAAUCCAGUCCCAGAUAUACAUGUAAAUAUCCUGCAAGUAUAAAUUCCAAUAAUUCUCGUAUAUAGAUUAGCUGCAUCAUCUGUAGCUUUAUCAGUGUAUCAGCUGUUCAGCUAUUGUUAAUUUUGCUAUCCAUAGUUUUCUAAAUAAAUGAAUACCGCCUAGAGGGGUACAACUUGUGCAUGGA